AUGCCUUGGCCUUCAUCCCCUUCGAUACACUCUUCGAGCCCGGUGCUUGACCCAGACGGUGGGGAAUUUUCAGACGAUGCCGUGCCGCCCCAGGAGCGCAAGGUGCUAGAUAUUGCAGUGAAGCAAACGUCCGAGCCGAAUCCGUGGCCAGCUAGGUUCCCUCCACCGCCUCCUUCUGUCAUGGCAGAGGACGGGCGUGCCGUUUGCUUCGGAUACGAUGUCAACCCUCCACCUCCACCCCAACCUCUACCUCUGCCACCUACGCACCUGGUUCAUACCCAGGGCCAGAGAAGCAGUGAAAAGGGAUGUGCAUCCAGACGGCUGCCACUGCCGUUGCGGUUUCCGUCGCGUUCAUCCGUUCACAGCCCACGUCGGCAAUGCCAAUGGAAGGAUGGCAAUGCCAGAGGCCGGCAUCAAGCAAAUCAAUGCAGUGACGGUCCACAAUUGGUCUCCUCUACCGACUCGCCGAACAUCAUUAUGCGAACGACGACUUGGAGCUCGGAAUCUUCCUCUGAAUCCGACGGCCUGCUCUAUAGAAUCUCGCGACAGUUUCCACCUCAAUUCCCAGCUCCAGCCUCAAGCCACGCCUCGAUUCUGCGAAGCAGAUCUGUGGCAACGAAUCGCAUCACGGCAUGGGUGUCGCAGUAUGAGAAUUUGCAGAGUAUCCGCGAGACCCGACGCAUGGCGACGCACCCGUUCCCGCCUUCCGUGGAUGCUGGCUCGGCAGGUGAUAACUCUUCCUUCUCGGGAGCAUCCUCCUACGCCGAGGUACAACUGUUGUGGACGAGGCUGAAGGAAAGGAGAAGCAAGGUGGGCAGAAUCAAGACUCAGAUGGCCCAGAAACGGCAAGAGUUGAGACAAUUGCGGUACCGAAAAGACAAGGCCGACAAUGAAUUCAUGAAUGUAUUUCGACCAGUACUCGCUAGGAGUGCGGGAUAUUUUCAGAUCUCGGUCCAGGAGUUGAACAGUCACGUGGCGGAUAUGCAGGACCUCAGAGACGAGUAUCACUCUCAAGAAGAAGAGUACGAGACGCUCGAGCUCUUGAUGGACGUGGAAGAAAGGGAGCUGAGUGCCCUCGAGACAACAUUUUUUAGCCUGCUCGCCGCGGGACGGACGAAUUCCGAGCGCGUUUCCCCUUCGGGCAGUAACGCGUCCGAAUCUGCAAAGGAUAACUUGCCCUCCGAAAUGCCCUUCGAGCUCACGGGGAUCUCGGCCGACAGGGCGCUGGAGGACGUGCAUCCGCUGUACCUUCAGCUAACCAGGGCCGUUGCCUACCGGCAGAACGCCAAGGAGGAGUACGAAGACCUGUUGCUCCUUAAGAAGCAGUACGAAUACGAAGCCGAUGUACAGACGAAGCUGGGAAAGGGGGCGACCAACGACACGGAUGAGUUCUUGGACGAGUUUCCGACGGAAGAAGCACGGAUGAAGGCUGAUGUUGUGAAGCUCGGACAGCGAGUCGACAGACUCAAAAGACUUUGCGAAGACAAGAAGAUCAUGCGAGAGCACAUGUCAAUCGGCAUGGUGUACGCAUUGGACCCAAGCAUCAAGUUCGACGACGUGCAGCUGGAUGACCUUGAUGCAGCCGCAGAUGGAUUCGGCUGGAGACAGAGGGGACUUUGUCAACCGGUGGCUGCUCCACCAACUAAGACUGUCGCCUCUGCACGCACAGCUGUUGCAUUCGACCUUUGUCUCGACCCUGUCCUGCCGUAUUCCGAACCUCUCGCGGUGGCAGUGCGACGUCUUGCACCACUGGUGGCACGACAACACGACGGCCACAACGGCAGAUGCAGCAGCGACGAAGAGGACCAGCACCGGCCCCGACCACUCAUCUCGGCUUAG